AUGAAGAAGAUCAAUUUGAUACUGAGGAAAUGCAAGACACUAUCAAGGCAACUGACAAGAACAUCAUCGUACAGUAGCUUGCGGUCCAAGUCAACUAGAGAAGAAAAAUGGGAUUCUUCUGCAAAUGACAUGCAAGAUGAUAGUUAUGAAACAAUUUUUGUGGGGAGGACAAGAAAAAGAUAUGUGAUAAGUUCUAAGUACUUAAAUCACCCUCUUUUGAAUGCUCUGGUUGAAAAAUCAAAGAAUCAUCUCUCUGUCAAAUGUGAGGUGGUUUUGUUUGAUCAUCUUCUGUGGAUGCUUGAUAAUGCUGAACCUAAUCUCACUUCUGAUUCAUUGGAGGAGUUGGCACAACUCUACGUCUUCUAA